ACAAAUGAUGCAGCUGGCAACACCUGGAACUGGCUGUACUUUAUUCCUCUCAUCAUCAUCGGCUCCUUUUUCAUGCUCAACCUGGUGCUUGGUGUGCUGUCAGGGGAGUUUGCCAAGGAGAGAGAGCGGGUAGAGAACCGCCGCGCCUUCCUUAAACUGCGCCGUCAGCAGCAGAUUGAGCGAGAGCUGAAUGGGUAUCUGGAGUGGAUAUUCAAGGCUGAGGAAGUCAUGCUGGCAGAAGAGGACAAGAAUGCUGAGGAGAAGUCCCCUUUGGAUGCAGUGUUGAAGAGAGCGGCCAACAAGAAGAGCCGCAAUGACCUGAUUCAUGCAGAGGAGGGAGAGGACCGGUUUACAGACCUCUGUGCAGUUGGGUCCCCCUUUGCCCGAGCCAGCCUCAAGAGCGGGAAGACGGAGAGCUCGUCCUACUUCCGGAGGAAAGAGAAGAUGUUCCGGUUCUUCAUCCGGCGCAUGGUGAAGGCUCAGAGCUUCUACUGGGUGGUGCUGUGUGUGGUGACUUUGAACACACUGUGUGUGGCCAUGGUUCACUAUAACCAGCCGCAGAGGCUCACCACGGCACUGUACUUUGCAGAGUUUGUUUUCCUGGGUCUCUUCCUCACAGAGAUGUCUCUAAAGAUGUAUGGCUUAGGGCCUAGAAGCUACUUCCGGUCUUCCUUCAACUGCUUUGACUUUGGGGUCAUCGUAGGGAGCAUCUUUGAAGUGGUCUGGGCUGCCAUCAAGCCAGGGACCUCCUUUGGAAUCAGUGUGCUGCGUGCCCUCCGCCUGCUGAGGAUCUUCAAGGUCACAAAGUACUGGAACUCCCUGAGGAACCUGGUGGUGUCCCUGCUCAACUCCAUGAAGUCUAUUGUCAGCCUGCUCUUCCUGCUCUUCCUCUUCAUUGUGGUCUUCGCUCUGCUGGGGAUGCAGCUGUUUGGGGGCCAGUUCAACUUUCACGAUGAGACUCCAACAACCAACUUUGACACCUUUCCAGCUGCCAUCCUCACUGUCUUCCAGAUCCUGACUGGAGAGGACUGGAAUGCGGUGAUGUAUCAUGGGAUCGAGUCGCAAGGUGGAGUCAGCAAAGGCAUGUUCUCCUCCUUUUACUUCAUUGUUCUGACACUGUUUGGAAACUACACCCUGCUAAACGUCUUUCUGGCCAUCGCUGUGGACAACCUAGCUAACGCUCAGGAGUUAACCAAGGAUGAAGAAGAGAUGGAGGAAGCUGCCAAUCAGAAGCUUGCUCUACAGAAGGCCAAAGAAGUGGCUGAAGUCAGUCCCAUGUCUGCUGCCAACAUUUCCAUUGCCGCUUUUGUAAAGCAAACUCGAGGUACUGUAUCUCGCAGCUCAUCUGUCUCCAGCGUAAACUCACCGCAGCAGAGCGCGGGCCGCGCGCGCUCGGUGUGGGAGCAGCGGGCCAGCCAGCUGCGGCUGCAGAACCUGCGCGCCAGCUGCGAGGCGCUCUACAGCGAGCUGGACCCCGAGGAGCGGCUGCGCUUCGCCUCCGCGCGCCGCCUGCGCCCCGACAUGAAGACUCACCUGGACCGGCCGCUGGUGGUGGAGCCCGGCCGGGACGGGCCCCGCGGCCCCGCGGGGAGCAGGGCCCGGCCCGACGGCCCCGAGGCCGCCGCGGACCCGGACCCGCCGCGCCGACACCACCGGCACCGGGACCGGGAAAAGGCCCCGGGGCCCGCGGCGGGCGAGCCGGACCGGGUCGACGUCUCGAAGGCGGAGGGCGCCGAGGCGGCGCCGGCGCGGGAGGAGCCGGCGCGGGAGGAGCGCCCGCGCCCGCGCCGCAAGGAGGCGGCGGGCGGCCCCGAGGCGCCGCGGGGCGAGCGGGGCGAGCGGGGCCGCGGCCCGGGCCCCGACAGCGGCCGGCGCCACCACCGGCGCGGCUCCCCGGAGGAGGCCGCCGAGCGAGAGCCCCGGCGCCACCGCGCCCACCGGCACGGCCCGGACGCGGGCAAGGAGGGCGCGGCGCCCGCGGCCAAGAGCGAGCGGCGCCCGCGGCACCGCGGCCCGCGCGCCGGCGCCCGGGACGCGGAGAACGGCGAGGAGCCCGCGCGGCGGCACCGCGGGCGGCACCGGGCGCUGCCCGCGCCCGAGCCCCAGGAGCCGGGGGAGAAGGAGGCGGCCGAGAAGGAGGCGGAGAGCGCGGGAGGGGACAAGGAAGUCCGGAACCACCAGCCCAGGGAGUCUCACUGUGGCCUUGAGGCCAGUGGGGUGACGAGCAUGGGUCCUGUGCACACACUGCCCAGCACCUCUCUCCAGAAGGUGGAGGAACAGCCAGAGGAUGUGGACAACCAGCGGAAUGUCACUCGAAUGGGUAGUCAACCCUCAGACCCUAGCACUACUGUGCACAUCCCAGUGACAUUGACAGGACCUCCUGGGGAGACUGCAGUGGCUCCCAGUGGUAACAUGGACCUGGAAAGCCAAGCAGAGGGGAAGAAGGAGGCAGAAGCUGACGACAUGCCAAGGAGUGGCCCCCGGCCCAUCGUCCCAUACAGCUCCAUGUUCUGUUUGAGCCCUACCAACCUGCUCCGUCGGUUCUGCCAUUACAUUGUUACCAUGCGGUACUUUGAGAUGGUCAUUCUUGUGGUCAUUGCCUUGAGCAGUAUUGCCCUAGCCGCUGAGGAUCCAGUACGGACAGACUCUUUCAGGAACAAUGCUCUGAAAUAUAUGGAUUACAUCUUCACAGGCGUCUUUACCUUUGAGAUGGUAAUAAAGAUGAUUGACUUGGGGCUGCUGCUUCACCCUGGAGCCUACUUCCGGGACCUGUGGAACAUUCUCGACUUCAUUGUGGUCAGUGGGGCCUUGGUGGCAUUUGCCUUCUCAGGAUCCAAAGGGAAAGACAUCAACACCAUCAAGUCUCUGAGAGUGCUGCGUGUCCUGCGACCCCUCAAGACCAUUAAACGACUGCCUAAGCUCAAGGCUGUGUUUGACUGUGUGGUGAAUUCCCUGAAGAAUGUCCUCAACAUCCUCAUUGUCUACAUGCUUUUUAUGUUCAUAUUUGCCGUCAUUGCAGUACAGCUCUUCAAAGGGAAGUUUUUCUACUGCACUGAUGAAUCUAAGGAGCUGGAGAGGGACUGCAGGGGUCAGUACUUGGAUUAUGAAAAAGAGGAAGUGGAAGCCCAACCAAGACAAUGGAAGAAAUAUGACUUCCACUAUGACAAUGUACUCUGGGCCCUGUUGACACUGUUCACGGUGUCCACAGGAGAGGGGUGGCCCUUGGUGUUGAAACAUUCUGUUGAUGCCACCUAUGAGGAACAAGGACCAAGCCCUGGGUUCCGCAUGGAGCUGUCCAUCUUCUACGUGGUCUACUUCGUUGUCUUCCCCUUCUUCUUUGUCAACAUCUUUGUAGCCUUGAUUAUCAUCACCUUCCAGGAGCAGGGGGACAAAGUGAUGUCUGAGUGCAGCCUAGAGAAGAAUGAGAGGGCUUGCAUUGACUUUGCCAUCAGCGCCAAGCCCCUGACACGGUACAUGCCCCAAAACAAGCAGUCGUUCCAGUAUAAGACAUGGACAUUUGUGGUCUCGCCUCCUUUCGAGUACUUCAUCAUGGCAAUGAUAGCCCUCAACACAGUAGUGCUGAUGAUGAAGUUCUACGACGCACCUUAUGAGUAUGAGCUGAUGCUGAAAUGCCUGAACAUCGUGUUCACGUCCAUGUUCUCUAUGGAAUGCGUGCUGAAAAUCAUCGCCUUUGGGGUGCUGAACUACUUCAGAGAUGCCUGGAACGUAUUCGACUUUGUUACCGUGUUGGGAAGUAUCACUGAUAUUUUAGUAACAGAAAUUGCGGAAACGAAUAACUUCAUCAACCUGAGCUUCCUUCGCCUCUUCAGAGCUGCACGACUCAUCAAGUUGCUCCGGCAGGGCUAUACCAUCCGCAUUUUGCUGUGGACCUUCGUUCAGUCCUUCAAGGCGCUGCCCUACGUGUGUCUUCUCAUUGCCAUGCUGUUCUUCAUCUACGCCAUCAUCGGCAUGCAGGUCUUUGGGAACAUUGCCCUUGACGAUGACACCAGCAUCAACCGGCACAACAACUUCCGGACGUUCCUACAAGCUUUGAUGCUGUUGUUCAGAAGCGCCACAGGGGAGGCCUGGCACGAAAUCAUGCUGUCUUGUCUAGCCAACCGGGCCUGCGACCCAUAUGCCAACGCCAGUGAGUGUGGAAGUGACUUUGCCUACUUUUACUUCGUGUCCUUCAUCUUCCUUUGUUCCUUUCUGAUGUUGAACCUCUUUGUGGCUGUGAUCAUGGACAAUUUUGAGUACCUCACGCGGGACUCUUCCAUCCUAGGGCCUCAUCACCUGGACGAGUUCAUCCGUGUCUGGGCUGAGUACGACCCAGCUGCGUGUGGGCGCAUCAGUUACAAUGACAUGUUUGAGAUGCUGAAACACAUGUCUCCACCUCUGGGGCUGGGGAAGAAAUGCCCGGCUCGAGUUGCAUACAAGCGCCUGGUCCGCAUGAAUAUGCCCAUCUCCAAUGAGGACAUGACGGUGCACUUCACGUCCACGUUGAUGGCCCUCAUCCGGACUGCCCUGGAGAUCAAACUGGCCCCAGCUGGGACACAGCAGCACCAGUGUGAUGCAGAGCUGAGGAAGGAGAUCUCCUCUGUGUGGGCCCAUCUACCCCAGAAGACCUUAGACUUACUGGUACCUCCCCACAAGCCUGACGAGAUGACAGUGGGGAAAGUCUACGCAGCUCUGAUGAUAUUCGAUUUCUACAAACAGAACAAAACCACCAGAGACCAGAUUCACCAAGCUCCCGGAGGCCUAUCCCAGAUGGGCCCUGUGUCCCUGUUCCACCCUCUGAAGGCCACCCUGGAGCAGGCACAGCCGGCUGUGCUCCGAGGAGCUCGGGUUUUCCUUCGGCAGAAGAGUGCCACUUCCCUCAGCAAUGGUGGUGCUAUACAAACCCAAGAGACUGGCAUCAAGGAGUCCUUGUCCUGGGGCACUCAGAGGACCCAGGACACGCUCUAUGAGGCCAGGGCCCCCCUGGAGCGUGGCCACUCAGCAGAGAUUCCUGUGGGUCAGGCAGGAGCACUGGCUGUGGAUGUCCAGAUGCAGAAUAUGGCGCUGAGGGGCCCUGAUGGGGAGCCCCAACCUGGGCUGGAGAGCCAAGGCCGAGCCGCUUCCAUGCCCCGCCUGGCAGCAGAAACUCAGCCUGCCCCUGAUGCCAGCCCUAUGAAGCGCUCCAUCUCCACACUGGCCCAGCGCCCCCAUGGGGCUCACCUCUGCAAUGCUGCCCUGGACCGUCCUCCCCCCAGCCAGGCAACACAUCAUCACCACCACCGCUGCCACCGUCGCAGGGACAAGAAACAGAGGUCCCUGGAAAAGGGGCCUAGCCUCUCUGUGGACAUAGAGGGCGCACCAAACAGCACUGCCGGGCCAGGCCUGCCUGCAGGAGAAGGACCUACAGGCUGCCGGCGGGAGCGGGAGCGGAAGCAGGAGCGGGGCAGGUCCCAGGAGCGCAGACAGCCUUCAUCUUCUUCUUCAGAAAAGCAGCGUUUCUACUCCUGCGACCGCUUUGGGAGUCGGGAGCCUCCACAGCCCAAGCCCUCCCUCAGCAGCCACCCCACAUCUCCAACAGCAGGGCUGGGCACAGGCCCCCCCCCACAGGGCAGUGGCCCAGUUAAUGGGAGCCCUUCACUGUCAACAUCUGGUGCUAGCACUCCGGGCCGAGGUGGGCGGAGGCAGCUCCCGCAAACCCCUCUGACCCCUCGCCCCAGCAUCACCUACAAGACGGCCAACUCCUCGCCGGUCCACUUUGCUGGGGCUCAGAGUGGCCUCCCAGCCUUCUCCCCAGGCCGGCUCAGCCGCGGCCUUUCUGAACACAACGCCUUGCUCCAGAGAGAGCCGCUGAGCCAGCCCUUGGCUCCUGGCUCUCGCAUCAGCUCAGACCCUUCCCUGGGCCAGCGUCUGGACAGCGAGGCCUCUGCCCACACUCUGCCUGAGGACACGCUCACCUUCGAGGAGGCGGUGGCUACCAACUCAGGCCGGUCCUCGAGGACUUCCUACGUGUCCUCCCUGACCUCCCAGUCCCACCCUCUCCGCCGUGUGCCCAAUGGCUACCACUGCACUUUGGGACUCAGCGCUGGUGUCCGGGCACGGCACAGCUACCACCACCCUGACCAAGACCACUGGUGCUAGCUGCACCGUGACUGCCCACACACGUGCUCACCGCGGGCAUGGGCUCCAGUUGAUGAGUUUUAUCAUCCAUGCUGGGCUCUGGGGCUGCAGCCCUGGGAGGAGGUAUCUUGCCUCGUGGCCUCCAUGGUGGAGGCUCCUGCUCCACUCCUCUCCUCUUCCCUCCCUCUUCUUUUACAUUGGAUGGACUAAUAAAACCCUUUCUUAGAGGGAUAUGACUCUCUA